UAGCCCCGACCGCUAGCAUCGCGUGCUCGCGUGAGUGCAAAAUGGCGGAUUAAUGAGCAGUGGAGUUGUGGUGAAAUUUUCUUGUUGAAAAAUGGCUCUUCCUCCUGCAAAGGAAGGCGAAAAGACGUUGGCGCUUUGCCGCUUAUCAGCGCCAUCCUCUCUUCGAUUUGAGCCAGUUGGCCGAUGGUAUGAAGCUAACAUUCAUCGGCGUCAACAUGGCCUUUCCUCGCACCACUCCAGCUCCAGUGCUAGUUCCAGUGCCAGCUCUGAGGGAGGUUAUUCUUCAGAUGAAGAAGAUCACAGAUUUCUCCUAACUUUGGAUCCUACAGAUUGGAAGCAACAAGAUCAUUAUAGGGUUCUUGGACUUGGAAAACUCAGGCACAAGGCUACUGCAGGAGACAUCAAGAAAGCAUUUCGAAAGAAAGUGCUUCGACACCACCCAGACAAAAAGAAAUCAACUGCAGGCUCUUCAGAUAAAAAGCUUUCUGAUGAAGAUCUUUUUGCAUGCAUAACCAUAGCAAAUGACAUUUUAAGCAACAAAGAGAAGCGGCAAGCUUAUGAUAGUGUAGAUCCAUUGUUUGAUGAUUCCAUUCCAUCUGCGAAUGCCAACUCUAGAAGUAAUUUUAUUGACGUAUUUGGCCCAGUGUUUGAAAGAAAUGCAAGAUGGUCCAAAGUUCAACCAGUCCCACCAUUAGGAGAUUAUAAUUCUACAUUUGAAGAAGUUGACAAUUUUUAUAGUUUUUGGUAUAAUUUUGAUUCAUGGAGAGAGUAUUCCUAUCUUGAUGAAGAAGAAAAAGAAAAAGGAGAGAACCGUGAUGAGAGAAGAUGGAUUGAAAAGCAGAACAAAGUGAUGAGACAAAAGCGGAAAAAGGAAGAAGUCGCUCGUAUUAGGAAUCUAAUUGAUAACGCUUACGCAUGCGAUCCUAGAAUAAAGAAAUUUAAAGAUGAGGAAAAAGAAAAGAAACUCGCAGAAAAGAAAGCAAAAGAGGAAGCUGCCCGUGCAGUGGCUGAAGAAAAAGAACGACAAAGACUUGAAGUAUUAGAAAACGAAAGAAAGCUUAAAGAAAAGGAAGAACAAGAGGCAAGGGAAAAGGCGCAGGCAGCCAAAGUGGAAAAAACUAAGAUGAAGAAUAUAAUGAAGAAAGAAAGGAAAACAAUACGAACUAUAAUAAAGAAUUAUGAAUAUUUUGUCGACGAUGAAGAAGCAAGAAUACGGGAAAUGGAAGUGAUGGACCGACUUCUUGAGGUUACUUCACUUGAAAGUUUACAGUCUUUUCGAGAAGGUCUCGAAAAAGCCGAUUCAAAGGAUGAAGUUAGAGGAAUUUAUGAGAAAGAGAUGGAACAAAUGAGAGAAAAAAUGAGACAAGAAGCUAUAGCAGAAACAAAACAGACUACGAAGAACAAAGAUGAUGGAGCAAUUAGUGACGACUGGACAGAAGAUCAGACACAGCUGCUUAUUAAAGCUGUUAAUCUGUUUCCAGCUGGAACAGCCUCAAGAUGGAAGGUAAUUGCUGAUUACGUCAACAUGCAUGCCAAGACAGGCACUUUACGCGACUCUAAACACGUGAUCAAGAAAGUCAAGACUUUACAAAAGCUAGACCCAGCCGUCAAACAGGAAGUUAAUCGAAAUGCUUUUGCGAAAUUUGACAAAGAUCGCUCACAAGGCAAGGCCACCUCAUCCACGGAGUCUGACCCAACAGUAAGAUAUGAUGCGAACAAAUCUACAGAAGGUGCUCAGCAGACAUCAGCAUGGACGUCGGAGGAACAAAGACUUUUAGAGAAAGCCCUUCGCACAUAUCCUGCGAAUACACCCGAAAGAUGGGAGCGAAUAGCUGAAGCUGUACCGGGGAGAACUAAAAAGGAAUGCAUGAAAAGAUACAAGGACUUGGUUGAGAUGGUGAAGGCUAAGAAAGCGGCUCAAAGUAAAGACAAAGCGUGACAGAUAUUGUUGAGACAGGAAUUGUGCCGCCAAAAUAAUCCUUACAAAUAUUACUUCAAGAGUUGCUGUGACGGAAUAUGCCAGCUGGUGUCUUUGCAGCUCCAUAAACAGCCAAAGGCGUUAGCAGAGCCUUUUAACUCUGCAUUGCACUCAUUCUCUUGUAAAUAAAGUUGAACAAUUUCGUACUAAG